AGGGUCUGCCUGUACAGACUUCGCUUUUAAGCCAAAACUCCAGGUCCGCAAAUCUAACGAGAAGAGAUGAAAAGACUGAUAGCCCAAAUAAUGCUGGAGAAGCUAAUAAACCUGCAGAGAUGCCCGCACAGAGAAGAAAACGGAUCUCUACUCUGCCCAAUCUGGCAAAACCCAGAGCUGGACCUUCAUCUGCACAACGCUCAUCAUCAAAACCACAGAGGCGAGCAUCUCAAGCUCUUGAUGGCAGUGCUUCACUUCAGAAGGAUUCCUCUCCAUCAGAAAAGACUAAUGUUGAAAGAUCUCCCAAGUCUCCCAUACUGCCUGAAAAGAAAACGCCUGUGCCGCAAGUGCCACAAUUCUCCCCGUUUAAAAAAUCAGCCAAUAAAGAACAAAAUGUGGGUGUAGCCGCUCAGAAAAAUGAUGAUACCCUGCAGAAGAAUGUACCCUCCCCACUCAAGGAGAGACCAACACAAGAAAGAUCGGUGGCACAAGAGGAAAAGCUACCUACAAAACCUACUCCUGUAAAAGCGAAACAAAUGUGUUCUGACCGUGAAAGGAUCCUCAAAGCUCGGAAGUUAAGAGAAAUGCUUAAAGAAGAGCUGAAGAAAGAGCGGAUGAAACAGUUGAAACACAGACCUCCAAUAACUGAAGGACGUUCUCCACCAGAUCGUUCUAAAAUGACUAUGAGAGACUUGAUAUACUACCUGCCGGAAAACAAUCCUAUGAAGUCUUCACUGGCAGAAGAAAAGAGAACAGAAAGAAAUUCUGGACUGGGUCAAAUGAAAGAACAGGAAGAGAAAAGUACUCCUGAUCAUGAAGAGGAAGAUGAGGAGGAGGAAGAAGAGAACGGGGAGGAGAGUCAGGAUGGUCCACUUCUAGUUCCUCGUGUGAAAGUAGCAGAAGAUGGCUCAAUUAUUCUGGAUGAAGAAAGUUUAACUGUAGAAGUAUUAAGGACAAAAGGUCCGUGUGUUGUAGAAGAAAAUGAACCCAUCUUUGAGCGUGGCUCUACAACUACAUAUUCCAGCUUCAGGAAAAGUUUUUACACAAAACCAUGGUCCAAUAAAGAGACAGAUAUGUUCUUUUUAGCUAUCAGUAUGGUAGGAACAGACUUCUCCUUGAUUGGGCAGCUGUUUCCUCAUAGAGCCAGAGCAGAAAUUAAGAAUAAGUUCAAACGUGAGGAAAAAGCAAAUGGAUGGAGGAUAGACAAAGCUUUCAAAGAAAAGCGGCCCUUUGAUUUUGAGUUCUUUGCUCAGCUGCUUGAGAAGGUCUUGGCAGAUGAGGAGAAGAGGAAGCAAAAGACUGUUAAAAGCCAGAAGCCAAAAGAAAAGAGGCCGUCAAGGCCUCGGAAGAAACCAAAAGCGAAAGCUGCGAGUGCAGAAGCUGCCAGUGAUCAAGAUAAUUCUCAGAAAGCCACAGUUUCUGAUGCAGAAACAGAAGCAGAUGCUGUGAUGGCUGAGAAGGAGAACGAAGAAUCUUUGGGUGUUUCUGAACAGACAGAAGAACAGGUUGCAUUAGAGCCAGCGUUAGCAAAAAAGAAAAGAAAAAGGAGGAGAAAAGAUGAACUUGAAGAGGAAGUGGAGAAUCUUCCAGAAGAAAUGGCAGUCCCUUCGAAAAUUGCUGUGGAAGGGAAAUCCUCUAAGAAAAGAGAAGAACUGGACAGUGUUACUGAAGAAAAGCAAGAUGAGACUGCUGUUGUAGAGGAGGAGAAAUCAGAGUCCUGUUUACCAGUGGACAGCGUAACUGAGGGAGAAAGUGAUCUCAAUUUAUGCAGCUUUCAAGAUGGCAAUGAUAGUAUGCUAGAAACAGAAUCUGCUAAACUGAGAAUGCUAGAUAUCAGAGAUGAGGUACCACAGGAAAGCCAGCUUUCAAAGUUCCCAGUUUCAAAGCUUAAAAACAAAGAAAGACAGUCUGAAGAAACUGCGGAAGCAAAGGACAAAGAUAUAUAUGACUCAUGUAAACCAGAUGAAAAGGAGAAUGCAUCAGACAGUGAUUUUCAAUCUGAAAUAAUGGAAGCUGAAAAGCCAGCACCCAAAGGGCGUUUUCAAAGACCUAAACCCAAUUUAGCAAAAUCAUCUGGAAGGAGAGAAGCAGCAACCCAAGAAAAACUGGAGGCUGAGACUUCCUCUCCAAAGCUUGUGAAUGAAGCUGAAAAGUGCACUGUGGAAGAGAGUGGAAGUAACAGAAGUGAAAUCACUGAAGUAGAGAACGUAGAUCUGGAGACUAAAUCUGAAGAACCUGAAAAAAAGGUGAUUGCAAAGACAGUAGUUAGAGGAUGUCGACAGCGGUUUAAGCCAAACAUUACAAGAGCAUCUGGAAAGAAAGAAGAGCCUGAAAAAGGUGCAGGAAAAGAUAAAAUGUCCCAUGUGGAGCCUAAGAGAGAAACUGAAAAGAAUACUGACCAAAGUAAUGGGUAUGAUACUACCAGUGGAGGAUCUGCCGGAAAACACGAGAAGGUCUUGGAGACGGUGUCUCAGUCUAAUGAAAGAGCCGGUUUACAGGAGGACAGCAAACAGACUGUGCUGAAACCAGCACCCCUAAAGAGAGGCCGAAUGCCAAGACCAAAACCUAAUAUAGGAAGAACUACUGCAAGGCCUGAAGUCCAAACACAGAAAAAAGAUGCUGAAGAGGGGAAAACUGAAUAUGGAGAAAUGGAAAAGGAUGUGACGCUCUCUAGGAAUGAAAAAAAUGUUUCAUGCCUCAAAAAUGAUGUGAUGGAUUAUGAAGACGCUCAGCCAUGCACUGUAAUAUUAGAAGAGGAUGUCUGUGCAGAUUCUGAGAGGAUGGGCUCAAUACGUGCAAGCCAGUGUUCCCCCCAGAAGUCCUCAGCUGAAAGCUGUGAAUGUGAAGAGGAAUCUUCAGAUGUCUUGAAUGAAGUUUCAGACUUCAGUAUAGAGGAAUCUGGUCCUCAGAAGCAAGAGGAGAAAACCAUUGUUUCAUCAGCUCGGCUAUUGAGGAGUCGAUUCCAGAGACCAAGGCCAAAUUUAGGAAAGAUAACCGGUAGAAAGGAUGUGCUGGAUGUAAAUAAAGGUGUAUCACAGGCUGAUACCAAUAAGGAAGAAAGUUUAACGCAGUGUGACCGUGAAUGUAGCACCCUUCCUGAUGCAGAUAAAACAGAAAAAUAUGAAGUCCUGCAGUCGUUUGAAUCCUUAGGAAAGGAAAACUCUCUUGGCUUUCAGGAAGCUUCUGGAAGGCCAAGUCAUCAGUCCUUGGAGAUGCUUUCAAGAUCAGAGGAGGGUGAACUCAAGUCUUGUCCACCUGUACAUAACCAAGAAGAGACCUCAGCUACUGAUGCAGGGUUUGACAGCAGAAAUACGACUCAAGAAGAAAGCAAAUCAGCUUCUCUUCAACCUGUCCAGUUAGUGAGGGGCCGAUUUCAGAGACACAAGCCAAACUUCAGAAGCACUGUGGGAAGGAAGGAAUUACAAACAGAAAAACAUGAGUGGGAUAAAAAACCUGAGGCAGAGCAGCUGGUAUUGCAAAAAGACGAAUCGGCCAAUGCUGUGUCUGUUGUCGGUGAAAAUGAAAUUAUAUUGCAUCAAGCUGAUGUAUUGAGUGAUGAGGAACAGGCACAGCAAGAGGAGCCUCGGGUGCCCCAUAUUUCUGAAAAUGUGUUGCGUAAGCAAAGCAGUGCUGAAAAAUCCAUUUUCCCGGAAGGCAAGCUGGCUGCCCUCAAACCAGCACAACUCUUAAGGAAUCGAUUUCAGAGGGCUCGACCUAACCUAGGAAGAGCAUGUAGCAAGAAAGAAUCUUUGGUGGUGCAAAAGCUUGCUGCUCCAGUUGAGGAGGAAGCGGAAAAAGGAGAGAGUCUCCCUGUGGUAGAAGAGUCUGAGGAACCUCUUUCCUCACAAGAUGACAUGGAAGCAUUGUUGCCUGUGGGGAAUUCGGCUAAGAAUGACAGUCCAGAGACAAAUACAAGAAGUAUGAGGUCAGAAAUACUCUGUUCCCCUGAAAAAUCACCAGAUUGCCCCGAUGAGAGAGAGCAAAAAGAGUAUCUAUCUACAGAGGCUGUAGGAAGCAUUCAGGAUACCCCGGAGAGGUCCAGUGAUAAAUUCAGUUCUGGAGAAAAAAGUGAAUCAAGUGAUACAAAAGCUUUGCAUCAAGUGAAGGGCCCCCUCUGGAAGCCAAAGUCAAACCUAAUGAGAGGUACUAGAAAAAGAGAUGAUUCUGAAGAAGGUGGAAGCAGAAAUGAAGACAGCUCUGCGAUUAGAAAUGCCGAAGAGUGUUUGGUGUCAGGAAAAACAGAUGUGUCAAUGCAAAACUCCAGUAACUUAGUGGAAGCUGCAUCUUCCUCAGAGGCUACAAGAAAACAUCCUUUUACGGACUCUGAAGAAACAUUCUGUAAAAGAAUCAAGCAAGAUGGUAGAUUCCAGUCUCCAGAGAUUUCAUCAGAGAGUGAGAGUCAAGAAGAAGAUUCUCAGCCUUCUACUUCUCAGGAGAAAACAUCAGAUCAUCUCACAAGAAGGCAGUCCAGAAGAUCAUCAAAACGGAUAGCCUCAAAACAGGUCUCGGAGCUAAGAACUGCUUCUUCUUCUGCCUCUGAAUGUGAGCCUGAUCGCAGUGAAAAGGGAAAUCAAAGACAAAAAAAUAAACUGAAUAUUACUAAAGGCAAAAGUCUGAAAUCUGCUCACAGAGGGAAGUCUGGGAAAGAGCACAGAAGUUCAAAGACAACCUUGGUGACUCUCCGGGCUUCGCAAGAGGAGGAGGAGGAUGAGGCUGAUGACUUUGAGCCAGAUGAUGAAGAUCAAUGUUUUGCACCAGAGGAAGUAAACAAGGCUCCAGUGUUUGUUCCUGUAGGUCUUCGAUCUCCAAAACCUGUUCCUGUUCAGAUAGAGGAAACCAUGGAGGAGCUGGAAAUAUCUGCGAAUGUCCCAGAUGUGCAGGUCGUUACUGAUUUUGAAAGUCUGUCUCACGUGUCUCUCCAGCCAGUGAUGCAGAGGGAGGAAAAUGUGAACACCUCACCAGCUGAAGCAAACAUGCCUGAAAAUCCAAAGGAGGACAAAGGACUUAAUGAUGGAAGCACUGAAGCUGCUAUGACUUUACUUGCAAUGGGUGAUCCGACGUUCCAGUUGAAAAUAAACACUGAAGAACGGACACAGACGUUACCUGCUCAAGAUGAUUUACAUGUGGCCAGUAACCUUGUGACCCGUGCUUAUUCAGAGCAAAGUGUAAUUUCUUGUCAGUAUUUACUUUCUUCACCUCCUUCUAACACGGAACUGAUCCCUUCCGAGGAUGGAAGCAACAUUAAUCUAGAGGGCCAAAGCACCGGCACAGGAACAGGUGGCGAAGGAUAUUUUGAGAAAAAUGCUACAGAUACCAGCAGUGAUAGCUCCAUGCCUAUGGUGAACAGUCUAAGACUGACAAGAGGUAGACUCCUGAAGCCUGAGCCAGAUUUUGGAGUAUUGAGGUCAACUAAGAACAUUAUUCAGAAGCCUGUUAAUGCAAAUGUACUUGUGGAAGAACUAGAGCAAGUCCAAAGUGAGGCCACAGUUCUGAGGGAUACUGCAGAAAUGCAGAAAGUGGAACUACAACAGGUCAGACCAGCUGCGGGUAGUUCUUUAGAUCUUCAUGAUUUUGCAACUGGAAGUAUGGAACCUGUCAAGCAAGUAGACAAAACGGAGAGAACAGAAAAAGAGAUGAGAAAUGCUUGUGGAACUUCAGAGGAAUUAAAAGCUCUAACUGCAUCACCAAAACCUGAGGCUUCUGACCUGGGACAAGAGCUUUAUCCAAAUCAAAGUUCUGUGGAUGGACUUCCUGAGCAAAAUCCUAGUCCGGCUGAGCAUAAUCUGUAUACAAUCAACUUAACUCAGAGUGAAGCAUGUGUUCAGGAUUUUCAACAGCAAUAUAUAAGCAGCACAGAAGAGACUUCAGUAGUGAAUGAUGAUCGUAGCAGAUGUCCAGAGGAGGAACAGACAUUCAUUUUAACAUUGGUGGAAAUCCCAGCUGACUCAAGAGAGUACCAUGAUGCAUCUGCUUUGCUGGAACAAACUUCGGAACCAUUGCUACCAGCCCCGAUACUUCUCAGCCCAAUCAAUGCAAGUGGAACAAGUGUGACUGGAGCGGAGAGCACUGGAUCCUUGACAACUUCAGUUGCUGAGCUUGCUGCAUCUUUAAAUAGCAGUAUAGAAAGCAAACAACUACAGAGUGCAUCAGUAGAGGCCAUUUCAAGUUUGGUGGAGACAACUCAAAAAAGGUCAGCUGCUGAGCUUGAAGAGAAUGAUUUUCCUCCUGCCAAGAAAAUCCUGUCUACUUUAGGAGUAGGUAACUUGGAAAGCACUUAUAAGGAUUAUUCAACUAAAUCCACAAAUCCUCCAAGGAGAGCUGCUGAGAAUCUUUUUGAGAAGGCAGGAGCUUCAGCAAAGAAAAAGGUACUUAGCUCUGCAGUUGUGUCUGAGCCUGCAUCACUGCUAGCUGAAAGAAGCCAAUCUGAGACUUUGCAGAAUUCAGGGACAGCAUCACUUGAGAAUUCAACAUCCAAACAGGAAGGAGAGGUGAUAUCUAGGCUAACCUCUGAGAGAAAAGCUGAAAUAAGUGGACAAAGAAAACUGGUGGACGUGCAUGAAUCUGGACAGUUGGAACACACUGGAAGCCUAGCAGCAUCUUCAAAAACUCCAUUACUCAGGGGUGGUCGAAAACCAUUGGGAUUUUUAUCUUUAAUUUGCAAAAAAAGUAGCUCUGAAUCUCCAGAGGAUACCAAAGGGAAUAGAGGGAAGGUCCAGAAACCUCGAAUAGUGACCCCAAAGCGAAGUCUAAAAAAACCUACUCUGUCCAAUGAGGACGGUAGGGAAUCCUGUUCCCUUCCCUCUACCAGUACGUCAUCUGUGGACUGUGAGAGCAUAGCUGCUGAUGCUGCAGUUAAGGUUCCCAGUGACGAGCGAGCUGAGAAGCCAUCCCUUUGUGCUAAAGACCAAGAGAAGGAAGAAGAGCCAACCAGAAUCUCUGAGUAUUUUUUCAGUGACAUCUUUAUGGAAGUGGAUGAUUCAGAAUAGCAAAAUGGCUUGAUGAAAUCCUGGAUCCAAGAGUGUAAUGCGACAACAAAACAGUAUUUAGAAAAGUUGUUACUUGUUCUACCAUUAUGUCAAACUUGUAACAACAGCUUGGCUGAUAAUAAGCUUUGGAAAAGAUGCAAAUCUCUCAGAAGCAACCUGGAUGUUUUAAAAAAAAUGUUGACAGAACCUGAACCACUACGUUGAUGUCAUUGGACCAGAGCAGCGGCUGCUGGCUUAUGUUUUGACUUGUUCAGAUGCUGCUAGUGGGCGCAUGAUUAUCUUCCAGAAAAGUGCAAUGAAUAAAUGCUUACUCUUGUGACAGUAUCCCUUUGAAUCAUAAUGCUAAAGCUUGUGAUACUGGUUAUACAAGUUCUUUGCUUCUUUUUGUGAAGUAUCCUGUUAGGAGGAGGAAUGAACUUUUUAUAUAUAGUGUAAUCUCUGUAGAUCAAGAAGGAAAUUCUGCAAGUGUAGUCUAGUAAAUACAUAGAUAUGUUCAGCAUUGCCACCUAUUUUUUAUUGGCAUCUCCAAAUUAUGUAUUUUUGUAAUUAAGAAGUCUCAUGUAAAUUGAAAGAGCCUGACUUGAAAAGCCACAUGGUUUUAACUCCUUUAAAAUGUAUAGAGAGAAACCUGGAAAACAUAUUUAAUUUAUUAAAAGAUGCUGUACUAGGUUAUUCUUUCCAGCUAUCCUGUUUGAGGGGGAAGAAGAGAUUAACAUUUCCCAAUCUAAAUGCUAAUUCCCCUCUAAAUUAGAUAUGUUGAAAACAAGGGACUAAAUGCCAUUUCUGUUCUUUGGUAUUAUAUGUAGGUGUAUACGUCUCUGCUGACUUCUGAAGAGUUCCCGCUUGUGUGAAGUAGCACAAACAGAACUGUAUCUAAUCCUUGACUAUAAAAUGUGGAUGCUUUGAGGAUUUGCUGCUUUGAAGCAGUUACAUUUGAAUAGUUUUCCGUAUGUUUUCAUGUCCCCCUGUACUGCAACUUACUAUAAAAUUCUGUUGUAGCUUUAGAUUUUAGUCUAAUUUUACACUUGCAUAGUAAGAAGAUUCCCUUGACAAGAUAAAGUUCAUGCACUCUAAAAGUCAGGUGGUCAUUGAAAGACUGAAUAUUAAUUCACAAACUCUUUAUUACCUGAAGGAAGUGUGUAGAUUUAAGAAGUCUAAAUUUUUCUUCUGUUGCUUAAUACCAACAGGUAUUUUUGCAAAAAAGUGAUUUGUUGUGAAAGAGAAACUGAUGUUUAAAUUGUAUUGUUAUGCUCUCUAGAAAUCUAUUCUCAGUUUCAGGCUGGAAAGUGAUUUUAAUGGCAAAUAUUUUCAUAUAAGUAUCUAGCUAAUAUUGAAAUAUUUGAUGAAGCUUGAGAGUGUUUGCCUUUUCAGAAAUUAUUGGCAAGGCUUCUGAAGAAGCCUUUAAAACUUUAUCAGUAAGGGAAAAUACGCAGAAAAGCCACUAUGAAUUAGUACAUUAGGAGGCCUCUGUCAACCACAUGUCACAAGCGGCUGUAUUUUCUUGAGACAAUGAAAAAGGGACUAAAAAUUCCAGAAUAAACUUACUUGAAAGCAUACUGUCCAAAAAAAAAGUUUCUGUUCAGACAGUAUCGUAUGUUCUGCCUAUUCCGUUUAACUUGAAAUGUUUAUCUAAAUAUCAUCUUACUGUAAACAUUAUGAAAUAGAUUAAUGUAUACAUUAAUCCUUGUAUUGUAUAUCUUGUAGAUACCAUUUCAUGUAUGCAAGUGUUUAUUUCCUGUUGUGUGGCAUGUUCAAAUCACUUGCACUGAUAUAUGAUAUAGCCUGAAGAUUUGCGAGGUGAGAGGGCUAUAAAAUAAUGUGCCCUAAGUACUUUCUAAGGUGAUAGCCAUUCUGCAUUUAGUUGCAUAUGCUUUAGCUUGCAAUCAAAUUACAAGGCAAAUAUAAGAAUUAUUUCAUAACUAAGAUUUAAGGUGCCUUAUCUAUCCUAUUAACUGGGGCUACUCUUCCCUCUCACCUCCCCAACAGCAAACCAUGUGCACUUUGUUAUAGGACGCUCUUUUAAACAGAACAGAACAGAACAAAAAAACCUCCAAAUUUAAUUUGAAUAGAGAUAAGACAACUUUUGUUCUGUUUACAUGUGGAAGCUUUAUAAUGGUGAAGGAUGGAAGAAAAGCAUUGUGAAGUCUCAAUGCUUAUUAGUUUUUGUUUUUGUUUUUAAAGAAGAUGUGGCACAGGACCGCUUUGCUUAAAGGGUUGUCUGACAGGUGUAUAAUCGUGUAUAAGCUUUCUGUUUCAAAGAAAGCAGUCAUAUUCUAUAUGUAAAUUAU